ACAAGGGGGUAAUACACCAAAAUAUGGACUCAUUUUCCAUUCCACCUUUAUUGGUCGAGCAGCUGCAAAGAACAAAGGCUGCAUCUCCCGAUAUCUAGCAAACAAAUGCAGCAUUGCCUCAAGGAUUGAUUGCUUCUCUGAGGUGCCCACAAGUGUGUUUGGGGAGAAGCUCCGAGAACAAGUUGAGGAGCGGCUAUCUUUCUAUGAGACUGGAGAGAUUCCACGGAAGAACCUGGAUGUCAUGAAGGAAGCUAUGGCAGAGGAAGCGGCUACUGAAAUUACCAGGAAGCUAGAAAAACAGGAGAAGAAAAGCUUGAAGAAGGAGAAGAAACGACUGGCUGCACUGGCACUGGCCUCUUCAGAAAACAGUAGCACUCCAGAAGAAUGUGAGGAAACACAUGAAAAACCUAAGAAGAAGAAAAAGCUAAAACCCCAGGAGACUCCACAGGAAAAUGGAAUGGAAGAUCCACCUGUCUCUUUGCCUAAAAGUAAGAAAAAGAAAGCUUUUCCCAAGGAGGAGUUGGUCAGUGAUCCUGAAGAGAUGGCUACUAGCAGUGUAAGUCCUCCCAAGAGGAAGAAAUCCCUGCCUAAGGAGGAAAUGGCCAGUGAACCAGAAGAGGCAGCAAGCCCCAGUGUCCCCAAGAAGAAAAGGAAGUUUUCUUUUAAGGAGGAACCUGAUGAAGCUGCUGUCAGCUGCACAAAGAAAAAGAAAAAGUCUCAGAAAGCAUCCCAGGAGGAUUAGAAUGGACAUGCUUGG